UACAUUCUUUUUUUUCAAGAUGGCGACGUGCAGGAAGAUGGGACGGAGCCUGAAAAUCUACUGCAUAUUUUCCGUAUUUACCUUUAUACAACUCUUUCCUCUCGGCUGCCAUUCCUUGCCGGCAGAUGAGAUUCAGACAGACCAGGCCGCUCCAACAGUACCUAAACCCCCAGCCUCAGAUGCCCCCUCUCCUUCGUCAGACAACACAAACGGCUCUCUGCCGGCAAACAUAACAACGGAUGACAAUCCCCCAGAUGACGUGAAAAAGGCUGCUCCAAACAAUCCGGUUGCCACUGUCACAACAGCCCCCACCACCCCCACCUCCACAACAACAACAACAGCCACCACCACCACCACCACCACUACCACUGCCCCCCCACCAGCCAAAACCACCACCUCUCCCCCAGCCCCUGCCCCUGUCAAGCCCGAGUCCAAAGACCCCACAGAGGCCCCGGCCAAGCCUACCGCCGGCAGACAGGAGCCGCGGGUGCCCUUCCAGGAGUAUGAGGACACAUCACCCACCUCCCCGGGGACAGACCUGGAGACGUACGACGAUGACGACGAGGACGACGAAGACUACCCCAACCCGCAGAGGGGGCUGGAGAAUGGGCUCCUGGAUGACGGGCGGGGCCUGGACGAGGACUUCCUGGACGACACCGGCAAAGAGCUGACGGGCCUCGGCCAGGCAGAGAGCGCGGGGAAGGUGUCCGUGCGCAUGAAGGACACCACCAUCUACACAGCGCAGGACGAGGACUCCCACUUCUUCUUCCACCUGGUCAUCAUCGCCUUCCUGGUGGCCAUUGUGUACAUCACCUACCACAACAAGAGAAAGAUCUUCCUCUUGGCCCAGAGCAGGCGUUGGAGGGACGGACUUUGCUCUCGGAGCGUGGAGUACCACCGGCUGGACCAGAACGUCAACGACGCUAUGCCUUCGCUCAAGAUGACCAAUGACUACAUCUUCUAAGCCAGGACAAAAAAAAAAAAACAAUGAUUGAUGUUCUCUAUGGAAAAGUAACUGUCUGGAAAAAUGUUCAAUAUAAUCUCAUGUAACACUGUCAUAUUCUAUAGCCUUGGACAAACUGCAGGGGGUGGAGUUGGACUGGUAGUCCUUAAACUUGUACUUCUUGUUUAAUGUCAGUGGUGUCAAAUCACAGCUCAGAUUGCGUUGUUUGGUUUUUCUCUGGUAUAGUUUUCCAAGGAUCCAAGGUUUCCUUGUAACCCAUAUUCUUGACACUUUAACAUUGGCUUUUGGGAAAAAUUAAACCAGUGAACAUGGUGUGAGUCAAAGCCAUGGUUCAGCCUUACAGCUCUCUUUAAACGUAGGAUUUCCUUGUGCACUUGGUUAUUCUGUAAAUGCUCAUAGACUUUUGGUCGGUGAAAUCAAGCUAUAUUCAUUCAGCUCUAAUAAAUAAUAAAAUGAACUAGAUUACUGAUGCUUGAUUUGGCCAAGUGGCUGACACUGACCUAUCAAUGGGGUAACUGAUAGAAAAGGAUUUUUACUAGCCGUGACAUUCUCUAUAAAAAACGGAUCUUUACUAGCCGUGAUAUUCUCUAUAAAAUUUUGAAAUUUGGCAUCAUGAUAGAACUUACUGGAUACGUUACAUGUCUAUAAUUUGCAGUAAUGUCAUUGAUAAGUUGAUUUAUUUAGUAUUUGAUGUGAAGGGUUUCUCAUGCAGUGCAGGGUGAGUUCCAGCUGUAGGGUCUAUGUGUACGUUAGUGCUGUGUGGUAUGAAGGUUUAAUUUAUAUUUACGUGCUUGUCAAUUUCAUCUGCUUCUUUUUUUCAUCGUGGAACUUGCAACACUAGUUAAAUGAUGGCAAUAUCAAUUCAAUUUAAGGUUCACAGUAUCCUGCUUACAUUUACUAUGCAGUAAAAUCAAGGCUGGCCCUUUUUUUAGAUUUAGUUUUAUGACUUCGGUGAAGUCUCACUGCAGUGUCUUUGUGACAGUGCAAGAAAAAAGAGCCUCCAGAGAGUGUCUUUGGAGUGACUUGUGCAUAGAUCCCAGUUGUCUUGUAUGGUUGCCAUCCUCAUAGUGUCCUCAGGUGGGUAGCAUAGACAUAAAUGUAUACCAACUGUGAAAACACACUAAUCAGUGAGUCCUGGUCAAGCUGGAGAAGAGAAAAAAA